GUUUUUCUCCGUUACCAAGCAGCGAAGAGACAUGAUGACGAAAGCAUGGACUACUCUGACAGUCAAGCUUCUCAAGAAUUAUAAUAAAGUAUAAUAUUUGAAGGUCUUCCUUGGAAUUUCCUUCAUUAUGUCAACUUCCAGUGAUAUCCGGGAGAAGCUGCGCAAGAAACGGCGGGCGCUGCAAGAAUCUUUAGUGAAAGUGAAGGAUGACAGGCAGGCUCUGGUUCCCCCCGACUCUGGCACCACUCAGGAGAACGAUCACACCAUGGUGGAGGAGCUGGCGGGCAGAGAGGAGGACCCGGGUGAAACCCUACGGCACUCGCUGAAAGCACGGAGAAUAAAGAAGAAAAAAAAGCUGUUGAAAGAGAUGGCAGUGGAAGUUCCUCCAGAGGACGAAGUGGUGGAGGAGGUGGUCACAGUUGUGCAGGAACUGCAGGAGGAGCGUGUAGAAGACAUGUGCGCAGAAGGAGGUCAUUUGGCUCGAGUACACAGAGACCUUCCUCCUCUCCCAGUUUCGAGGCCCGACUCCAGCCUUUCAGAGAGCUCUGUGAGGCAGCGUAUGAGGGAGAAGCUGAGAGAAGCCAGGUCCAAAACUGCGAGUCUGUUGGAGCAGGAGGCUUCGCUGCAGCCGGCCAGUCGUCUGAAGAGCCUCCGAGACAGAGUGACACUGACCAGAUUCGACCAGUCAGAUGACGUUCUCAGCCAGGGCGGAGCUUCCAUCGCUGCCAGGGUGAAAUUCCGGGAUGCAGCUAGACGUGUCAACAGAGACAAAAGGACAGAAAGCGGUUUGCCCACCGCUGAGGAAGCGUACAACUUCUUCACCUUCAGCUUUGACCCUGAACCUGAACCUGAAGAACAUCAACCCAAAGUCGAAAAAAAGAAAGAAGCGAAGGAACAGGAAGCUGGAAGAGGUGAGGAACAGGAGGAGGAGGAGGAGGAGGAGGAAGAAGCUGAGAAGGAAGGCGAGCAGGAAGGAGAGGAGACCACAGAGAGGGAUGAAGAGGCCCUGCUGGUCAGAGAUGAAGAAGAGGAUCUGUUUGUUAUUCAGUCGGCGCAGGAUUUCCUGGAAGUCAAGAAGGCUGAGUAUGUCGAGUACAGCAGCCGCAUACAAAGAGAGAAUGAGCUUCUCUUCAUCCCCAGUGUGAGACCCGUGCCUGCUUCUAGUAAACUCCCGGAGAACGUACGUCCCCGUUACCUGGAGGAGGAGGGUCUUUACGUAGGAGAGAGACCAUACGUCUCCCUGACCAAUCAGAACAUUCUGGAAAACCGCAUCGUGAAGCAAGAUCAGGGUAUGAAGUGGUUUGGCGAUGAUGGGCGGAUCAUGGCUCUGCCUGAUCCAAUCAAAGAGUCGUCAUCAAGACCGCCUCUUUUCCAUCUGGAGGAGGAGCUAGAUCCAGCACUACAGAUUGUCUACAGAAAGGCGCUGAAAUCUAAGCAUGUCAACCGCUACAUCGUGGGAGUUGGGGACCCAGCCGGAGACUACCAGCUGGACAUUGAUGUAUCCGGGCUCAUAUUCUCCCACCAUCCCCUGUUCAGCAGAGAGCAUGUGCUGGGGGCUCGGCUGGCACAGCUGUACGACCAGCACCUCAGCAGACGGCAAAAAAACUUCACCUGUCUCCUGACAGAUAAGUUGAAUGGGUUGAGAAAAGCGAUUCACAAUAUGCUGGAGCUUCAUGACGGAGAGGGCCUUAGUCUGGUGAGUCAGCAGAGAAUUGUGGAGUACAAAAAGGAAAUAAGGCACACUCGUCAGCUCCGAGACUUAGAGCAAGAGAGAGACCGAACUCUGCUGAAGAGCAUCGUCAAAGUGUGGAAAGAGCUUAAAGCCCUGCGGGAAUUCCAGGGCUUCACCAACACGCCCUACAAACUCUAUAUCAGGAAAGAGGAGGUGGAGCGAGAACAGGAUGAACGAGAACACGAGGCAGAGAUCUUAGCUGAGGUGGCUGAGCUACAGACAGAAGCAACAGAGGAUUAUGAGAGGAAGAUGGUUGAGUACCGAAGACAUCUGGAGGAAUGGAGGUCCUGGAGGAGGAAGCAGAAAGCUGCAAAGAAGAAGCAGAAGAGGAGAAGACAGCAGUCUCCAGGUGAGGAAGAGGAAGAAGAGGAUGAGCACAGUGAGGAAGAGCCGGGAGAGACACGAGUGAAACCAGAACCUCCAGAGAAACCGGACACAGCAAGUUUGGAGCAGCAGGUCCGAGAGAAAGCUGCCAAGAUCCGCAGGAAACCUGGAGAAUCGGUUUUGGUUCCAGAACUUACCGUCUCCUUUCCGGUCACACCUAAUGAGCAGUGUCCACGAGGUGAAUUUGCACGGAGGGAGGAUGUAGCAAAGCGCUCUCUCUUCAUCAAAGUGCUGUACAACGGCAAAGAAGUUUCCAGAACAGACAGUCGCUCACUCGGUAUGGACUUCCGAGUUCACUUCGGCCAGAUGUUCAACCUGAAGAUCGUGAACUGGCCCGAAAGCAUCAAACUGCAGAUAUAUGAGAGCGCCGGAUCAUCCACCAAUCUGUUAGCCGAGGUGUGUGCACCGAUUCCGGAAACUUCCAUCUUAACAGGAAGUGCCUCGUCUGAAGAGAUGGAGUUCAGCAGCAACCAGAGGGUCGCGUUUAACCAUGAGGGCGUUGGCAGUGACGUGCCAUUUUCGUUCAUGGCUGAUGGCAGUAACAAGCAGACGCUGCUGACCUCAGGGAAGCUGUCCUGCUGUGUGUCAUGGGCUGUAGGAGAAGAUGACCUGCCCCUGGCUCCGCCCUCUGGGCAGCCCGGUGCAGGUAUACACAGUGGUCUGAGGCAGAUGGAUGCUAUAGCGUGCAUCGGGGCGUCUGGACUAAACGACAUGAAGAAACUGGGGAAAUGGGCAGCCGAAUCUCGCCUUGACCCCAACGACCCCAACAACUCCUCCAUAAUGCAGCUGCUCUCAGUGGCGAGCGGCGGGGAGAUAGCGGUCCCGGAUUAUUUCCGACUGGAACAGCUGCAGGAGGAGUUUAACUUCGUGUCUGAUGAGGAGCUGGAGCGCUCACGCCGCUUUCGUUUGCUCAGGCUGAGGAGCCAGGAGGUGGCAGAGUUUCGCCAUUUUAAAUCUGUGCCUUCCACUGAACGGGAGAUCUCGGAGAAAGUGUUUGAGGAUUAUGAACGCAGGCUGAAGGAAGGAGAGAUGGUCGACACCAAAGAGCACAUGGAUGCACACAGAGCUCUGGUGGCCAAGUAUUUACAGAAAGUGCAGGAAUCCGUCAUUAAUCGCUUCCUCAUAGCGAAGCGUCAUUAUGUUCUGUCGGAUGUGAUAGUAGAAGAGGAGGUACCAAGCAUCGGAAUUUUAGGCCUGAACCUGUUCAAGCUGGCCGAGCCCAAGCGUCCUCUGAAGCCUCGGAGAAAAGAGAGGAAGAAAGUGACGGCUCAGAACCUUUCAGAUGGAGACAUCAAACUGCUGCUGAACAUCAUCAGAGGCUACGACAUCCCCGUCCGUAAACCUCACACCAGCAAACCUGCAGUGGCAUCUAAGAGCACUCGCUCUUACGCUGAGCCAUUUACAUCAGCUCAGUCCUCUCAGACUGCACUUCAGGGUGGCGAGUGGCCCCUCGGCCAGCCCCAGAUCCGGCCCUAUGUUGAGGUCUCUUUUCAACGUACGGUAUUGCAGACCUCUACAGCCGAGGGUCCGAACCCCUGCUGGAAUGAAGAACUGGUGCUACCAUUCAGUGCUCCAAACGGAGAUUACAGCACGCCCAGCCUGCAGGCUGUCCGUGACGAGGUCUUCAUCAGCAUCUUUGACGAGGUCCUGUAUGACGUUGUCGAGGAACAGCGAGAAAGAGGAAGCAGUGUUCACACACGCAUUGAGCGGCAUUGGCUGGGUACCAUCAAAAUUCCAUUCAGCACAAUCUACGCGCAGUCACGAAUUGACGGGACUUUUAAGGUUGCCACGCCCCCAGUGUUGCUAGGCUACAGUAAAGAGCGGAGCCUAGGCACCGAGGGCGGCUAUGACACAGUUCGGAGUCUAAGCGAAGGCACCUUCCUCACCCUCUUCAUCACCAUCGAACCACAGCUGGUGCCUGGAGACACUGUCAGAGAAAAGUUUGAUACGCAGGAAGUAGAGCGUUUGCUGUUGGCAUGCGAGAGCUUCGAGAAGGACGCAGCGAAGAGGUUCCUGGAUCGACCCUGUCUCACCACCGUGGUGGAUAUGAACGGCAAAACCGUCUUCAUCACACGCUUCAUCCGACCCCUCAGCCCUCCACAGGAGCUGCUGGAUGCUUUUCCCAACAACCUACAAGAGGCCACAGAGCUGGUCGCUCGAUACGUGUCUCUCAUUCCUUUUCUACCGGACAGCGUGUCUUUCUCUGGCGUCUGUGAUUUAUGGAGCACCUGUGAUCAAUUCCUGAUGCUGUUAGCGGGAGAUGAGGAGGAACACGCUGUUCUGCUUUGCAAUUACUUCCUGUCCAUGGGCAAAAAGGCAUGGCUCAUCAUAGGAACCGCCAUCCCUGAGGGCCCCACAGCAUACGUUCUCACCCAAGAACACAACCGCUACGUGAUCUGGAACCCCAGUACGGGUCAGUAUUAUGGACAAUACGACACGUUCUGCCCUCUACAGACUGUCGGCUGCCUGGUCAACGCAGAUAAUGUGUGGUUUAAUAUUCAGACAUACGCUACUCCAAUGAGGAUGGGGUUUGAUGUCACCAAACCGAAGUGCUGGAAGCCGUUCUUCUCCAGAGCGUUCCCUGACCCCGGCCUCUCCAGUGUACAGCCUGAGGAGCUGGUGUAUAGACGGACAGACAAGGCAGCUGCAGCAGAGUUACAGGACAGGAUAGAAAAGGUGCUGAGGGAGAAGAUCAUGGAAUGGCGCCCGAGACACCCGACUCGCUGGAACCGGUACUGCACAUCCACAUUACGUCAUUUCCUGCCCAAGCUGGAACGGAGCGGAGGCCGUGAGGUCGCAGAGGAGCAUCGACUUGAGCUGCAAAGCCUGCUGGGAGAUUACAGAAUCUCCGGCUUUCCCCUGCACCUUCCGUUCUCUGAGAUUCAGCCGAUCGUCGAAGCCGUGCACAGCACAGGCGUCCAUAGCGUGGAGGCUCCUAAUGUGGAGUUUGCGCUGGCCGUGUACGUUCACCCUUACCCCAGUAAUGUACUCUCCGUGUGGGUUUAUAUCGCCUCGCUAGUCCGCACACGCUAGCUUUCCCUGUGCUACCCAGAGUAAUGCAUGGCGAUUAUUUCAGAAUUGAAUAAAUACGAGUAUUGAACAUUU